GUGAUGGAUGGGCGAGCAGAGAUGGAGGUGAUAAGAAGCACAAAAGGGAAUGGAACCGGGGAGGUCAGUGUCCACUUGGUUGAGAAUACCGUGCAAAAUGCCCACGUACCAGCAACUGCCUUCAUCAUACCAGCAAACACAACCACUGUAAACCUUCCUACAAGCACCUUAGAAAUCCAGCGAUUCCCGCGGGAACCUCAGAAAAACCUGGGGGCAGAGAGGCAAAGAGAGGGCACAGGAAGCGAGCCAAUCACAGCAACAGUCAUCCCCCAGAUCAGUGGAGUACAGACCUGCAACACUAUCCGGGUUCUGGAGUGGAAAGAUGGGGUAGCCACACUGCCUGGAAGCAAUCUAAGGUUUCGAAUAAAUGAAUAUGGGACACUAAAAGUGGUCAGUGCUGACAAGCUGUCACCUGUGGAGCCCCUCAAGGAGUGCCAUUCGGAAAGAGACGGGGAUGUUGAGAUGGCCCCUACCAGCAAGGACAAUCCUACUGUGGCUCAAGACUUGGUCGUUCCAGAGCCACCCAAACUUCCAGGUGUGGACAGCAUGUGUCAUUGCAGUACCUGUGGCCGGAGAAAUGUUUCCGGGACAGCCCAAGAAGGCAGAGGGUUUUGCAGUGAAAACUGCCACCGACAAUUCAAAGAAAGGUCUGUCAUUGUAGAGAACUCUGCCGGCAGCACCAAUUCCACUGAAAUCCUCAAGCCGGUGAAGAAGCGGAAAAGGAAAGAUUAUCAGAGCCCCUCAGAAGAAGAGGAGGAAGAGUCUGAACAAAUGGAAGUGAAGCAGGAGGAGGCAAAUGGCUCUGGAGGAGAACCCCCUGCUAGCAACACUGGGAAUGAAGAAUGGAGUACAAGUCAGCUGGGUGAGGAGAAGACAGAAGGUUGGUCCUGGGCAUCCUACCUGGAAGAACAGAAAGCCAUCAGUGCCCCUUUAAAUCUGUUUCAGGAACAUCAGUUGGUCAGCCAGCACAAGAAUGGUUUCAAGGUGGGGAUGAAGCUCGAAGGAAUUGACCCCCAGCACCCCUCUAUGUACUUCAUUCUCACUGUGGCUGAGGUAUGUGGUAACCGGAUGCGUCUUCAUUUUGAUGGCUACUCUGAAUGUCAUGAUUUCUGGCUGAAUGCCAACUCCCCAAACAUUCAUCCUGCUGGCUGGUUUGAGAAAACAGGGCACAAACUCCAGCCGCCAAAAGGAUGUUUAGGUUAUAAGGAAGAAGAAUUCAACUGGGCCAACUAUCUGAGGAUAUCCAAAGCUCAGGCAGCCCCCAAGCACCUCUUUGUGACCCCAGACAGUAAUGCUACUCCAACAGGAUUCCAAAUGGGCAUGAAACUUGAAGCAGUGGAUCGUAUGAAUCCUUCUUUGACAUGCGUUGCCACGGUGACAGAUGUGGUGGACAAUCGCUUUUUGGUGCACUUUGAUAACUGGGAUGACACGUAUGACUACUGGUGUGACCCCAGCAGUCCCUAUAUUCACCCAGUUGGUUGGUGUCAGGAGCAUGGAAAGCCUCUCACACCUCCUCAAGACUACCCUGACCCUGAGAACUUCAGCUGGGAAAAAUACUUAGCAGAAACAGGUGCUUCUGCAGUGCCGGCUUGGGCCUUUAAGGUGAGGCAACCCCAUGGCUUCCUGGUCAACAUGAAGUUGGAGGCGGUGGACCGAAGGACUCCUUCCUUGAUUCGAGUGGCCAGCGUUGAAGAUGUCGAAGACUACAGGAUAAAGAUCCAUUUUGAUGGUUGGAGCCAUAUCUACGAUUUUUGGAUUGAUUCAGACCACCCAGACAUUCAUCCUGCGGGAUGGUGCUCCAAAACUGGACAUCCGUUGCAGCCUCCUCUCAGGCCAAAGGAACCCGCCUCUUCUGCCAAUGGGAGCUGCUCAACCUUGGCGUGUAAGACUCUCCCCAGCCCCAAGGGUUCCAAAUACAGCUUUCACAGGAAGUGCCCAACACCUGGUUGUGACGGCUCAGGUCAUGUGACAGGCCGCUUCACAGCUCACUACUGCAUCUCAGGGUGCCCCCUAGCUGAGAAGAACCAGGGAAGAGUGAAGACUGAUCUCUCGGAUACAGAGAACUCGGUUCGAAAGAGGAACCUGAUCGGCUUCUCUCAGCGGAAGAAAUCUCGACACCAUGGAAGAGGGCGACCUCCAAAAUACCGGAAAAUCCAGCAGGAAGACUUUCAAACCAUUUCUUCAGACAAUAUGCACCAAUCUCUUUUCAUGUCGGCCUUAUCAGCGCACCCAGACCGUUCCCUGUCUCUCUGCUGGGAGCAGCACUGUAAACUCCUGCCAGGAGUGGCUGGAAUCACAGCAUCUACGGUGGCCAAAUGGACCAUUGAUGAGGUCUUCAGCUUUGUACAGACGUUGACGGGUUGUGAGGACCAAGCAAAACUCUUCAAGGAUGAGAUGAUCGACGGAGAGGCAUUCCUUCUGCUGACUCAGGCCGACAUUGUGAAGAUCAUGAGCGUCAAGCUUGGCCCAGCACUGAAAAUCUACAACGCCAUCCUCAUGUUCAAAAAUGCUGAUGACACCUUAAAGUGAUCCACCAUGAGCAGUGUUUGACUUCCUUCUACAG